AUGGAUGCCAUUUCGGACUCCGCCUUUCAGAACACGAGGCUGAAACAAGCCGUAAAUGAGGAAGCACCUUCCUUACUGACCGUUAUAGUGGAAACGAAUCCAAAGUUGUGGGCAGAACUGGAAAGAGAAAAUCAAGAACAUGCGAAUUUGCUAGAUACAUUACAGUCAUUGCUAGUGUUUUUGAAUGCGCAUUUGGCUUUCAAUAGCGCUAAUCAAGUUGCUGUAAUAGCUGCUCAUUCCUCAGAGAUCAGAUAUUUGUAUCCGUCACCGAACAGGGACCCAUCGGUUGACAGGAAAAGUGGGGAUCUCUCGCUUAUUAACAAUGACAUGUAUCGACAGUUUCGCAACGUUGAUGAAGGAGUGCUGGAGGAGAUUUACAAUCUUUUGAAAGAGGAUAGAGGGCAUAUUGGUGAAAGCGAAGGUGUUCAAAAGAGCACACUUUCUGGAGCGAUGUCCGCUGGUUUAGCGUAUAUUAACAGAAUUACGAAAGAACAAGACAGUAUGUCGCUUAAAUCCAGACUUCUAGUGUUGACUUGUGGUACCUCGGGUGCUAAAGAUGAAGUAUUCCAGUACAUUCCGAUCAUGAAUUGCAUAUUUGCUGCGACCACGAUGAAAUGUCCAAUCGACGUUAUAAAAGUGGGUGGAACACAGGAAUCGACCUUUCUACAACAAGCCACAGACGCUACCAAUGGAGUUUAUUUGCAUGUGGCCACGACCGACGGCGUAAUACAAUAUUUUUGCUCUGCGAUGUUUAUAGACCCUUCGUUGAGAACCAUUAUCGUUAAACCUAAUCAAGGAUCUGUUGAUUUUAGGACCUCUUGCUACCUAACCGGGAAAGUCGUUGCAGUUGGGUACGUGUGCAGUGUUUGUCUGUGCGUCUUAUCAAUCAUACCGCCCGGUAAUAGAUGUCCAGCUUGUGAUUCCGAAUUCGAUGAACACGUCACAACACGUCUCAAGAGAAAACCGGCCGUUGCAAUCGAGCCGAAGCGCAAAAAAAGAGCUGAUUAA